AUGAAAUUGGCUCCAGAAACAAUCAAUAAACUACAAAGAGACACCGCCAAUGUCCGUAACAUCUGCAUUUUGGCCCAUGUUGACCAUGGAAAGACGUCUCUAAGUGACUCUUUGCUUGCCACUAAUGGUAUCAUCUCACAGCGAAUGGCAGGAAAGAUCCGGUUCUUGGACUCGCGUGAGGAUGAACAAUUGCGAGGCAUUACUAUGGAAGCUUCCGCAAUUUCCUUGUAUUUCAAUAUUAUGAGACGGAAACAGGGUACAGAAGAAGUUGAGCUUAAAGAGCAUCUCAUCAAUUUGAUUGAUUCACCCGGCCACAUCGACUUUUCCUCCGAAGUGUCUACAGCAUCGAGACUUUGUGAUGGUGCAGUAGUUCUAGUCGAUUCUGUCGAAGGUGUCUGCUCUCAAACAGUCAAUGUUCUACGUCAAUGUUGGGUGGACAACCUAAAGCCACUCCUUGUAAUCAAUAAGCUAGAUCGUCUUGUAACAGAAUGGCAAUUAUCGCCUUUGGAGGCAUAUCAACACAUUUCGCGAAUCAUUGAGCAGGUCAAUUCCGUGAUUGGGUCGUUCUUCGCUGGUGACAGAAUGGAAGACGAUCUCAAAUGGAGGGAGGCUGGUUCUCAGGGCGAGUAUGUCGAGCGCUCGGAUUCAGACUUGUACUUUGCACCAGAGAAAAAUAACGUCAUAUUCGCAUCUGCCAUAGACGGUUGGGCCUUUUCGAUCAAUACUUUUUCAAAGAUCUACUCGGCAAAGCUCGGCUUUUCACAGGCAGUUCUUGCAAAAACAUUAUGGGGCGACUACUACUUGGAUAUGAAAAACAAAAAAAUUAUCCCCGGUUCAAAAUUAAAAUCAUCUCAGUCCAACCUCAAGCCAUUGUUUGUCACUCUCAUAUUGGAUCAAAUAUGGAGCAUCUACGAUUCAAUUGUAAUCGCUAGGGAUGACAGCAAAAUAGAGAAAAUCAUAGCUAAGCUAGGCGCAAAAAUUCCUCCUCGUGAUAUGCGCUCCAAGGACAACAAAAAUCUUCUAAACGUUUUGAUGUCACAGUGGAUUCCACUUAGUCACGCUUUGCUUGGAGCAGUAAUCGAAUACUUACCAAAUCCACAGAAAGCGCAGCAAGAAAGAAUCGAGGGAAUCUUGAAAGAGUGUUUGUAUAGUGCAGUUGCCGUGGGAGAAGAGUCUGUGGAUGAGGACUCGCUCAUAGAACCAGAAUUCAAAAGUGCCAUGAUUAACUGUGACGCAUCAGAUCCUGAAGAUCACACAUUCGCUUACGUCUCUAAAAUGAUUUCCGUUCCCGAACGUGAAUUACCAAAAGAGGUUGUCGCAGAGCUCUCUUCGGCAGAUGUGCAAGAAAAACAAAGGUUGGCCAGAGAGAGAGCCAGAAAAGCUGACGCAGAAAUCGCAGCUGCAAUGGCAGCUACAAAGUUGAGCGGGGAUGGCGAUGAUAUUUAUCUUGAAACCAGGCCAGACCAGUUCGAAUGGGAGUUCGAAGAGGAUGAAGACGACGAAGACGAGGAAGAAGCCGAAAAUGAAGUUUUAGUCGCAUUUACUAGAGUUUACUCUGGAGAGCUCUCGAAGGGACAGCGUGUGUGCAUUGUGGGUCCUAAAUACGAUCCGUCUUUGCCAAAGAAGCACCCAACAAACAUCGAGCAAUUGAUUGAAGACAUUGAAAUAGAAGAUCUUCUUCUUAUAAUGGGAAGAGAGUUUGUUCGGGUUGACUCUGUUCCUGCCGGAAAUUUGGUUGGUGUUGUCGGGCUUGGUGACAUUAUUCUUAAAAAUGCUACCAUCAUGUCGGAGGUCCCCGAAGAGAAGCCUUAUAUCAACAUGGCUUCUACGUCAACUCUCAUUCACAAUAAACCAAUCAUGAAAGUUACUAUUGAGCCACAAAAUCCACUCAAACUCUUCAAACUCGAAAAGGGAUUGGAUUUGCUAUCCAAGGCUGAUCCUGUCUUAGAGUGGUAUGUUGAUGAUGAUUCAGGAGAGUUGAUCGUUUGUGUGGCUGGUGAGUUGCAUUUAGAGAGAUGUCUCAAAGAUCUCGAGAAGAGAUUUGCGCCCGGUUGCGAGGUCACAAUCAAAGAGCCCGUCAUUCCAUUCCGUGAAGGUUUGGCAAACGAAUCGACUUCAACUCAGGCUCAGGUUGUUGUCAAUACAGACGAUACUGAAGUCUCGAAAGACGAGGUCGAAGUUCAGCUCGAAGUGUACCCUAUGCCCACAGAAGUGACCGCAUUUUUGAUCAAAAGUGAGGUAGAGAUCAGCGAGUUAAUAGCUCAACGACUCAAACACCCAGACGAACGUCCAAGCAAACAAUUACUAGAGUUUCAAAAUGAAUUGAAAAAGCUUUUUAAAGAACACUCUUCAGAGCAAAAAUUUGUCGAAGCUUUUGGCAGUACAGAUUCCCUUGUUGACAGCAUUGUUAGUUUCGGCCCAAGAAGAAUUGGUCCAAAUGUUCUUGUCGAAAGUCCACUGAAUAACCAGCAGUUCCGCAGAGUUUUCUCAACUGAGGACACCACGAGAUUUGUAUUCGAGUCUAAUGUGCUCAAUGGGUAUCAACUAGCCAUGAAUGAGGGACCCUUAGCUGCAGAGCCGGUUCAAGGCACUAUUGUUGUCUUGAGAAAGACAUAUAGACAAGAGACCGAGGAGUUACUUCUCAAUUUGAGUAGUCGUGUUUUGAAGAUGACUAAGCAACUCAUUCAUGCAGCCUUCUUGAAGAAUUCUCCUCGCUUGUUCCUUGCAAUGUACACAUGUGAAAUCCAAGCAUCGCCAGAUGUCAUUGGUAAGGUGUAUGCUGUUGUUCAGAAGAGAGGAGGCCUGAUCAUUUCAGAAGAGUUGAAGGAAGGAACUCCAUUCUUCACAAUUACUGCUAGGAUUCCAGUUGUCGAAGCAUUUGGGUUCACAGAGGAAAUGAGAAAACGUACAUCUGGAGCCGCCAGUCCGCAAUUGAUUUUUGAUGGCUUCGACAUGUUAGAUAUUGAUCCUUUCUGGGUUCCACACACCGAAGAGGAGCUUGAAGAGCUAGGAAUCUAUGAGGAAAGAGAGAAUGUUGGGCGUAAGUACAUGAACGCCAUUCGCCGGAGAAAGGGAUUGUUUGUCGAUGAGAAGGUGGUCAAGAACGCAGAGAAGCAGAGAACUUUGAAGAAGGAUUAG